AUGAGCAGAAAUCAUGCGAAAGGUUCGGCGAACGCGCCGCCACUGGACAUGCUCCAGAAGCUGCAGCUCUUUCGGUCAACCCUAGUGAACUUUUUAGAGUGGCGCAACUUCAGCGACGUGGUACAUGGCUGCUACGUUCGUGUACUACUGGAGAUGCGCAGCGCCGAGGAGAGUCGACGCGAGAGUCCCGAUAACUACUACAUCGCGCUUGUGAAGGGGGCCCAGCGUGGGCCGGUUUACUCCGGCUUCUCCGCUGAAGCUGUGACCACAGAGUGGCACAUUGUGAUUGAGUUACCGCCGUGCUUCCGCUCGACGCAGAACGGCAAUGUUGUGCAGCUGAACUCCAUUUCGAAUUCCCCAUUUAGACAGGCGGAGUAUCAGAACUGGGUAGACAUGACAAAGGAGACGAGAGAGCUAUCCUUCCCGAGCCUCCCGCAGCUGCAGUUCCGCCUAGGGAUGCUGGAAGAGCACAAGCAGCAGGCCCUCGCGCCGGAGCCACGCCGCCAUAAACACGGUGAGGACGCGCAGACCGCAGAGCUGCGAGAUCGAGCGUUGGAGGAGAAGCGAAACCGCAUUAAAGAGGAGAUCAUGGCUACGCACGUGAAGCUGCGCCGAAUCGACCAACUGAAGACACUUUCGUUGGAGGACUUGCAGGAGGUAGAGCGAGAGAUACUCGAUUUAAUCACAGGGGUGCGAAUAUUCAUCAAUGAACGUUCGAAAUGCAUGCUUUGUCACAACAGAAUCUGCACGGAAAUCUGCUACCCAUGCAAGCAUCAAGUACUCUGCAAGGACUGUGCCAAGUCGAUCUGUGGACGAUGCCCAGCGCCAAUGUGCAAGACACAUGUGCAGUACACGUUUGAAGCGUUCACAUCGUAG